AUGGCCCCGGCUGCGGCGAAGUACGCCCUCGUGUCGCUCCCUCUGAGCACCUUCGACACGGGCGACAAGGAGGAGGCACUAGACGCCGUCAAGUCGACCAUAACCUCCGAGAAUGGCACCGUCCUGCCCUUCCCCGUCCCGAACUUCAAGAUCGGGACUCUGGAUGCGCUAGUCCAGCAGGCGGACGACCUGGCAAAGCUGGACGCGGCUUGCGAGGGGCUGGUUGGCAAGAUUGGCGACUCCUUGCGCACGUUAUACGAUGGCGACGAGGAGAAGACGGCUCAGCAGCAGACGGUUAAUGACAAGCCGACCGACCAGUACCUCCGCUCCUUCGCCUGGAACAAGGUCCGCUACAGAGCCGACAAGCCCGUCGGUGAGCUCGUCGAUAACCUGCAAAAGGAGCUGGCCACGAUCGACAACGACGUCAAGGGCAAGCUGAACCAGUACAACCAAGUGAAGACGAACCUCGCUACCCUGCAAAGAAAACAAACCGGAAACCUCGCGACCAAGUCGCUCACGCCGAUCGUCGACCCCAAACUCCUAGUAAACGACUCGGAAUACCUCGACACGCACCUGAUCGCCGUCCCCUCGAACCUCAAGAAGGACUUCCUCAAGAGCUACGAGACGCUGGCGCCCAUGGUGGUGCCGCGGUCAUCAACACAAGUAGCACAGGACGACGAGUUCAUCCUCUUCGCCGUGACCACGUUCAAGAAGCACGCCGCCGAGUUCCAGCAGAAGUGCCGCGAGCAGAAGUGGACGCCCCGGCAGUAUAAGUACGUCGAGGGCGGCAGGGAGGAGGAACAAAAAGAACUCGACCGUGUUCAGCGCGAGGAGAAGAAGGUCUGGGGCGAGGCGCUGCGCCUGAGCCGCACCGGCUGGAGCGAGAGCGUCAUGAUAUGGGCCCAUGUCAUGGCCCUCCGCGUGUUUGUGGAAUCCGUGCUGCGCUACGGCCUGCCCCUCGAGUUUGUGUCUGCGCUUGUAAUGACAAAUCCUAAGUUGGUUAAGAAGGUCAAGUCAGCACUGGACUCGGCCUACUCAUACCUGGGCGGCAACGCAUUCGGGAGGGACAAGCGCGGUAAGAUCACCAAGGACGACGCGUCAUUAACGUCUGAGAUGCAGGCCGCCGGCCUAGGCGGGCACGGCGGCGAGGGGAACGAGUACACGGCUUACGUGUACUACGAGUUUGAAUUGUAG